AUGGACAAAAAGUUCAAUGACCUUUGCUAUGCAUGCAGGAUUGGUGAUUUGGAGAAUAUUGAUAGGCUGAUUGCAUCUGGGGCGAAUGUUAAUGGUCUCGAUAGGUUUGAUAAUACCCCAUUAUUCCUCGCAAGCCUUUGUGGACACAUUGAAGCGGUUAAGCUGUUACUUUCCAGGGGAGCUGUUUGUGACCGGGACCGAUAUGAAGGUGCAAGGUGCAUUUACGGGGCUUUAAAUGACUCAAUUAGGGAUGUUUUACUUGAAUACGAUAUUUCUAAGGCUGUUGAUAUUAAGCAGCCUUUUGCUAUACAUGUUUCGGCUUUAUUCAAUAAUUCAAGCCUAGAAUGCCAAGAUAUAGUUUUUAGGUUUAAUAGUGAUUGCGAAUUUCGACUACAUCGGUUGUUGCUAGCUGCCAGAAGCCCGUAUUUUUAUGAGAAACUGACAACUGUUUGGAAGGAUAAAAGUAUUAUUGAAAUGCCAUAUGGAGAAUCUCUGAAUGCUUUUGCGUUGGUUGUUAAAUUUUUAUAUCUAAUACCUGUCUUGCAUGAAGUUACUCAGCAUGACUACAAAUUCCUGAAGAUGUUCUGUGAGAAACUAGCCAUACCAUCAUUAGCGGAAUAUAUUAACACAGUUAAUCAUUUCAUUUAUUCGUCCAAGAAACGCACUUAUAUAAAUGAGUUACAAUUUAAGUUUACUGAGGAAGCAAAGUCACAAUUACGUUCAUUUAUGGUCAAUAACAUAUUGAAGAAGAAAAUCAGCACAGAGGAUUAUAGAGAUAUCCCUGAUAAUGAACUGAAUUCAAUGAGGGAUGGCGGUUCAAUGAUGGAUAUAUUUUUGUUAGUCAAAACUGGUGAGUACUCUGGAUAUAUAUAUCCCGCACACAGGUCAAUUUUAAUGAGGGCUGAAUACUUUAAAGUCAUGUUCACUUCACCUUUCUCUGAAUCGGCUGGAUACAAAAGGACGGAUAAUAAUAUUCUUGACCGAUAUCAAAAAUUCCCAAUAAUAACACUUCCAUCCUCUGAUUUACAUGUUGCAGAAGUUAUAUUAUCAUACCUAUAUUUUGACUGCCUUGAAAUACCAUGGGAAUGGGCAAUUGAAGUAUUAAUGGUAGCUAAUGCCUUGUUAAUCGACAGAUUAAAGAGUAUGGCUGCUGUAACUAUAAUGCAAUCACAUCAACUCUUAGAACGGCACUCAAUUUUUGAAGUGCUAUAUGCAGCAUGGGAUACUGGUAUGGAGAGACUAGAACAAUAUGCAGCCAAGAUAAUUGUCGAUAACUUAGACAGGUACUCUGCAGAUGAAGAAUUGAAGGCUGCUAUUUUGAUGAGCGCAGAGAGAAUCAACUGUCGGCAAGAAACAGACACAAUUGAACUGGUAGAUGAUAUGAGGUACUAUCUACUCAAAAAGUAUGCUUUGACAUUAGAAGAUUUUCGACUUUUGGAAUGUCAUCAUAACAUAGACUUAAGAAAGAAACAUAGGCUGCUGAAAUAUAACCGCGAUUUAGAGUCAAUUGAUACCAUACUACUUGAAUUGAAACUAGAUGCGUAA